UUAUGGCUAAACAAGCCCAGCCCUCCGGGUCCCAGCCAGGUUGAAGUCUGCAUUUCUCUCUCGGGUGGGGCCAUUGACUCUUAUCUGUUGGCUUUUUGAUUCCGGCUGUUUAGUUGAGUGCAGGAACCGCCGUGUACAGACUUCCAUCCCGCUCCUCUACGCAUCUGAUCGCCGGACAUGUUUCGCUGUGGGCUCGCCUUCCCCCGCUGCAGGUGGAUCGUUCCCCUGCUGCUGUUGUUCGCUAUUAUUUUUGACAUCAUCGCCAUCGCCGCCAAAUCGGGAUGGGUGGAGGACGAGGACGCCAAGACCCACUACGCCAACAUGUGGAACGAGUGGCGCGGCCGCGGGGGCAACUGGGACAGCAGGAGCCUCAUGGACUUUCCAUGGGCCCAGGCUGUUGCUGCUCUGAUGAUCAUCGGCCUCAUCCUCCUCAUCAUAGCCUUCAUCAUAGCCGUGGUGUCCAUGUGCAAUAUUGAUGUUGGUUGCAUGUAUGGCACAGCAACAGUGCUGGCUAUUGUUGUGGUAAUCCAGAUUAUUGCUCUGAUCAUCUACCCUGUCAACUUCAAUGAGCGCAUUUUUGAGGGCCAGUACUUCUACACUUGGGCCUACGGUUUUGGCUGGGGGGCCACCAUCCUCACCCUGGGCUGCUCCAUCCUGUUCUGCUGCCUGCCCCAGUAUGAAGAUGACCUGAGAGGCGAAAAAAAGAUUAACUACUUUAUCACUCGACCAUAAUGACAACAGAAUUCGCCUGGCCGGUAACCGAUUCCUCUUCCUCUCAUUCUCACCAAAGCUCUACAGUAAAUUCAGCAACCAAAGCAACCCAGAGGAAACUGGAUCAUGACCAGCGCCCUACGCUCUCUUUGAAAUUAGCUAAUUAUCUCUAAAAUGUUUUGGUUUUUUUACUUCACAAGAAAUAUUUGCUAUUUUAUCUAACUUUUUAAACGCUAUCUCACGCAAGUGCUCUUAUCUUAGAGAUGGCAGUCCAGUGUUCCACUGGGUUCUUACACAUAUCGUUAAAGAAAAAUGAAGAAAGAAGCAAUUCUUCCAUAGAUAUUUGCAUCACAAAUGUUAGGUUGUCCUCCAUGCUGACCUGUGUUUGGAUCUAGACUGUCUUUGAUGGACGUGCUCCUUUGCUUGAGGUAAAAGGGAUCCACUGUUAUCAGAAAGGGCUUUAGCAGCCAUUUUUGCACCUUGUUGUGUGUUUUCUUAUGUGGUAAAAGAACUUUAAAAUAUUAAAGGGGUGAAAAUGGGAGAUCUUUGAGUUGUGUGUAGAUUUUUGGUUUUAAAAGAGAAAAAACAAAUAUUUUCCCAAAAAUACGUAUAUCUUUUAGCUUUGCAGUGUAAUGUUUGGGUAUCAGAAAUGUGAUGCAGUGGCGCUUUUCCAAAUUUAAAUGAAUUUCUUCUGAGCUGCAAAAGUUUAGCCUGAAAGUUUAUUUUCUUUUGCGGUAUUCUCUUCCUUUUCAUUCGUCUAUUUAAAGUUGUAAAUGAAGUUUAUUCUUUACAAACUAUUUUCUUUUUAGUUCAAACUCAAUCCCUCCGAUUUUUAAACGAGUUAUUGGCUAGAACUGUAGUUAAAAGGGGACCAAAAUAAACUUUUUUUUUUAUUCUAUCCAUUCUUCGUCACACAUUUCAUGUAUUCUCAAUCAAAAAAAGAACAGCACCUCAUUUGCUUUGACAGUUGUGCCUGAACUUCUGUUGUUUUUUAUUCACUAAGUAAUUACUUCUGCUGGUUUGUCUGGUUGUACCAACUGUUUGUGUAAAGCAACGAUCAUGUUCAAACGUAAACUGAAUUAGACGUUUUUAUUGGAAAACAGGAAAUACUUCCAAAGAAUUAUCCUGUUGUAGUACAUUUUAAGCAAGACUACAAUAGUUUGUAAAGAAAAUACCCUAAAUUAUAGUUUUAAAAUCUAAUUUUGAGCUAAACUAAAUGUUUUUUUCCACCGAUACACAUAAUCAUCUUUUACUCUUUUUAUUUUCAUAACUGUAAAUACUGUAUUAAAGAAGAAAUUCACUGGAAAUCUCACAGUUUUUUUCUCUGCUGGAAGAAUUAUUUUGGUAGUUUUAUGUAUUUUUAUGAAAUAAACAGUUCUUGCUUUUAAAGUU